CAAGACUACAUUCUGCUCAGUUAGGAGACGUUAUGUCAACACUAUACUUGCCGACUUGAAAACCUGUAGGUUAGUUGGGUGAAAAUGUUGGUUGACCUAUUAAGAUUAGUGUGUGUGAGACAGCCAAGAUAACAGAACCCAAAACAUCCGGAGCAUAUCUCCUAGAACACCGAGUGUUGCACGUCAUUGUGGUUGUUCGUGUUGGACUUACUCAUGCUUGUUGUUGUAACAUAUCGUACCUAAAGUUCACAGGUACACACGUUGCAACAUGACGGACCCAGGAGAUCCAGUGAAGGAUGUUGGGAUUAAUAUAGACACAGGUGACGAACUAGACUUCGACGACAACUGCUGGAGCUCUGCGAUCAUGCAGCUUCAGAGUUCAGUCAGCAGAUUCACGAACAAACACAAGGGUCAAAUGAUUGCUGGUGUCAAGGGACUGCUGUUGCUGCUUUACCUGGCCUACUUCGGGUAUUGUAUGUUCUACAAAUUCGGAGACGAAGGGUCCAUUCGUCUGAUGGUUGGAACACUACUUGUAAUUUUGUACCUGGUGAACAAAACAACCAAAGGUCUGUGCACUUUCACCUGCCUUGGACGAUGUACGUCAGUGUGGGAAGGAAGUAAGGCACUGAAAGUGCGACGAUGGAUCAGAAGGAGCCUGUACCUGCUGGUGAGUGCCGGGGUGGCUGUGUACAUAGGACUGGACGUGGUCAGGUACAACCCCCAGAAUAUCCAGGCACUUCUGGGGGUAGGCGUGUUUGUGGCUCUUGGGUUUGUCUUCUCCACCAGUCCGGCCAGGGUGGACUGGCAUCCCGUGUUCUGGGGUAUUGCGGUUCAGUUUGUGUUCGCCCUGCUUAUUCUACGGACGCCCUGGGGGUAUGGGGUGUUUGAGUGGAUUGGACAACGUGUGGAGGAAUUCAUAAACCACGCUAAUGCUGGAGCAGAGUUUGUGUUCGGGAAGUCCUACCGGGAUCACAUGAUAGCCUUUGGUGUGAUGCCAGGGGUGUUGUUUUUCAACGCCUCGAUAUCCGUGUUGUACCACAUGGGUGUCCUUCAGGCGAUCAUGAAUAAACUGGGAUCCUUUCUGUCCUUCUGUCUGGACUGUGGGCCCAUCGAGUCUGUGGUAGCCUCGGCGAACAUCUUCGUUGGGCUGACUGAAGUGCCCCUCUUGGUUCGACCGUACUUGAAGCGUGCGACGGAAUCAGAACUCCAUGCCAUCAUGACGUGUGGUUUCGCCAGCGUCAGUGGCGGCGUCAUGGGGUCGUACAUACAGCUCGGAGUUCCCGCCAACCAUCUGUUGUCCGCUGCCGUGAUGUCCGCCCCCGCCGCUCUCGCCGUCACCAAACUCAUGUGUCCAGAAACAAAGAAGUCGUACUUCAGAGAUGGAGUGAAGAUGGAACUGGGACUAGAGAAACAUCGUAACAUCCUCUCCGCUCUGUCCAGCGGUGCCGUUGCGGCCGUCAAAAUCAUCGCCAACAUCAUCGCAACAAUGAUCGCCUUCAUCGCCCUCAUAAAGUUUGUUGACAAGACCCUGGAGUGGUUCGGGAACCAGGCGGGAUUCGCCGGCCUUUCGUUUGGGCUUGUGUGUUCCUAUCUAUUCUACCCAUUCUCGUACAUGAUGGGCGUGGCCACCCAGGAUUGCGGGAAGAUGGGGGAAAUGUUGGGCGUUAAGAUCUUUGGCACCUCCACCAUCAGUUUCACCGAGCUCGGGAUACUGAGACGAAACCGCUUUCAGCUUCUUGACUAUGUGACCACGCAUAACGACACGUGGCACUGGCAGGGUAGUGACGUCAUACUCGAGGCGACCAAUCAGACGCUCCUUGGUGGCAUCAUGGAUGAGAGAAGUGAAGUCAUAGCUACCUACGCUCUCUGUGGCUUCUCCACCGUCACCUCUAUAGGUAUUACACUGGGGACUCUGGUUCCCAUGGCACCUGAACGGAAACAGGACAUCGCCAAACUCGUCAUCCGGGCCCUUAUUGCGGGAAACGUAGCCACGUUCAUGACCGGUUCCAUUGCAGGGUUGCUGUACAACGGGCAGAUGCUGCAGUGACCUUUGUUACGAUGACCGCCAGCCUCCUGCUUCCUGGUGCUCACUUCCUCAAGCACUAUUCACACACACUCGGUUACAUAUGUUGUCGUGAGAGCGACUCAUGGAAACGGGUGGUCAGGCUCGCUGACGAGGUUGAUGGAUGUCAUCAUACCCAACUGCAUAGAUAGUUCCAGACUCCGUUAGUUUCAGACUGCCUUCAUGUAGCUAGGAUAUUGCUGAGUGCGACGUUAAGGAAAUAUGAAACGUCAAUGCCAGAGAAUAACCAGUCUUGAUUAUCCACCCAAACAACUUCCACUGGGCGCAAACGGCAUACACGCAGUCACAAUUCUAUAACUAGAUGUCAGAAAAUCGCUCGGUUAUAUCCUCCCCAUUAUUUAGGGGUGUGGUGUAUGAGGUAAAGGUGAUGACAUGUCAUUGCAUGUCACUAGUGAAAAAUCUAUUAAGUAAUUGGAAUUGUAUGAAUUAUGAUUGGUGCGUACAUUAAAAAAUGUAUGAGAAAGACCAUCAUUGCAUGGAUUUAGUUUUAUUGAUGUUUCCUCUCACUUGGGGGUUAUGACAAAAUGUUUCAAGCAUGUUUAUGUUCCUCAGUAGUUGCAUCAAUGUAUCAGAUACCCCUGUCACAUAAAGCUACAGUGUUCGGAACAUCUGCUGUGAUAAAGAUUCCAUUUCUAACUGUCUAUUAAAUAAUAUGAAGCUGUUCGCAUACAUCAGAGGACAAGGGUGAACUUUAACAAGAACAAUUCUGGGUACGCUCCUUCAUGAAUUGACCUGUCUCAUAUGUAAUAUAUGUAAAUAAAUCAAAUACGAAGACUGCAAAGAACAAUGACGUAGAGCCAGAGCGAGAGUCCACAAACAACAAAUAGACUAUCCCGAAGCCAGAUGCAAUCCAUUAAUUGCCCACCGAUACGUGCCCUUAAGGAAAAUGUUUAGAUGGGUGAAUCUGGUGAAGAUUGUUUUAGAAAACUUACGGAAACAUAUUUAAUUCGAAUAUUACAGCGAUCACUCAACAGAUGACCUAUCAAAACGUCCAUAUUUGUUAGCAUGCCAUAAACAUUAAUGCAACGGGGGGUAGUUGAAAGGUUCUGAGCCUAACUGAGAUGGACUGCAUUGGCGGAGUAUUCCACGACCUUAAGCCUUGAUAUUGUCAUGCAGUUGCCCGAGACGAUCAGCAUAAUAUUCCAUUAAUGGUCUGACCUUAUAGAAGGUUGUCCAUAAGUAUGGAUUCCCUUGGAAGCGACAUCACCUUGGAACAGACUUUGCAUUCUUCGAUCGUCCAUAGCCAUAUCAUGUGACAGUUGAAGAUCUUGCUCAUCUUCGAUCAUCUUCGAUCAUCUUCGAUCAUCUCUUCUCGUGAUCUCCGCUGCCCAUUUCUUUACAGAACUAUCCCCUAAAGUUGCCACCAUGUCAAUAUGGGUGGCUAUAGGAGUUAGUCCUUUCAGUUGAAGAUUCUUGAUGACAUCACGGUAGCAAAUUGUGUCCAUUUUCACAGAGUCACUGCAGAAAUAUGCUGCCUGGGGAAUAUGGUUCAAAUGAAACUCGUAAGCUCGGGAAUAUGCACAAACUGUUAAAGGUGUCCAUGUAUUUUACACCCUUCAUAGUUAGGCUCAGACAUGGUCAGCCACCCCUCGUAUUUGAAACUAUAAGUGUAUUCUAUAGUGUAAAGUCACUGAAACAACGUGCCCAUCAAUGCAUGCCAGGCGUCCUGUGGUAUAAGAGUGAUACAUAUUGGAGACGUAUUUGUGUUGUUUUCUAUGGAAAUGUCAGUACUUUAGUUUGUUAAAAACACAUCUUAUAGCUUCACAAUAUCUUUUGAAAAUACAUAUAUAGAAUUGCAUUUUCUAGAUUCAGAUGCUCAUCACAUGAAUUAAAUAUUAAAACGGGAGGACAUUAAAAAAACCCAAAGGAAAUUAGAUUAUGUAGAAUGUGUAAUCUACGAAUAAUAGAGGAUGAUUACCAUUUUGUUCUCAUUUGUCCAUUUAUUAGAAUUUACGAAUUGCAUGCAAUAUCUUUAAGUAUAAUGAAUUAAUGUCUUAAAAAAAUAUUUAUGUACUGAAGCCUUUGACUGCGUAUAUAUUCCAUGCAUAUUAAUUUUAGAAAUGAUAAGAUGAGUGACUUGAACAAGUAGAAAUCAAUAUGUCCACCCACUAUGCGCAAAUAUGUGUACUGUAGACCUAUGGCCUUUCAGUAGUUCUGUAAUAAAGAUUG